GGAGCCCCGCCCCUUCGUCCAGACUGGGCUACUUGAAAAGAAGACAAGAAAACCUUGAAUAUCUGGCAACCCUAUAGUCUUUGAAUCAGGCGCGGCCACGGUAAUUUCGAGGGAAAAACUCAUCCGAUAACACGCUGCUUAGGGUUGAAAGGGUUGCUUAAAAAUGGACAAAAAAGAAUCAUUUAAUAGAAUUUGCCAAAAUAAAGUUUUCCUCUUGGAGACUUUAUCUGUAGAAGCCGAAAUCAUCUUGCAGCAUGUGCAGCAGGCUGGAAUUAUUACUAUGCGUGAAUACGGGAACCUCUCAGAUAUUCCUCAAAGAGAGAAGAGAGUCAUCAGCCUACUUGACAAACUCAUGGGAAAGGGAGAGGAAACUUGUCGCAGAUUCAUUGAACUUUUAAGAAAGGAUGACAUAUUGGAAAUCUUUCCUUUAUUAAAGGAUCAUGCCGUUAUUUCUUCUCCAGCCAAUCCAGUUCGUCAAUACAAAAUAGCACAAAAUCCACGUGGUACCUGUGUAAUCAUCAAUAAUGUACAUUUUGCGACCUUAAAAGAAAGAAUUGGAUCAGAUCUGGACCAAAAGGAACUUGCAAAAGUUUUCCACUGGCUGGGGUUUGAGGUGGUGGUGCACAGAAAUAAAACUGCUGCUGAAAUGAAGAAUCUCCUCGAGGGCAUGGGGAAGACAGUAGAUGGAGACUGCUUUGUAUGCUGCAUCCUCUCCCAUGGCAUUAAGGAAGGGGUCUGUGGAACCGAUGAAAAUGUUAUUUCUGUUGAUGAAAUACGAGAGCCUUUCAAUGGCAUUAACUGCCAGAGGCUAAUCGGCAAGCCCAAGCUGUUUUUCAUACAGGCAUGUCGUGGGAAAAGAAAUCAAAAUCGUGUGCAAGUCCAAGCAGAUUCUUCAGAAGAUGGAGAGUCAGAGAUGGAAGUGGAUGGUGAUGAUUUUGAUAUCACAAUCCCGGCUGACACGGAUUUCCUCAUUGCCAGGUCAACCACUGACGGUCACCUUUCUUAUAGAGACCUAAAAGAGGGCUCCUUUUUUAUUCAGUCACUUUGCCGAAAGCUUAAGAAACAUUGUCCAGAGGGUGAAGACAUCCUCACUGUCCUGGUUCAUGUGAAUAAUGAGGUUAGCAGUCAGGGAAUCAUCUGCAAACAGAUGCCCGUCCAUGAAGUCGCCAUGAGAAAGAAACUGGUCCUGCUGCCACCGUGAACCACUGCAAGCUCCUGCACUGACAGCAUGGCUUACUAUGCAUCAUGGUUCUAUAGGAUCAUUUCUAAGGGGAUCUUUACCUACAUUCCUGUGUCUUUGCUGAUGUUCUUAAAGGAAGUUUUUGUUUUUAAAUCAGGACCAGGACUGUUUACUUCAAGGCAACCAUGAGCCAUUUAAGAUUUGUUUUUCACGUUUUCUAAGUAACUUUUUGAUGAAAAUUUUUUAGACAUUUGUACUGUUAUUUUAAUGUUCUUUCUGUAUCCAGUUCAAAUAAACUAAUCCAGGUAUUUUAUAAUAAAAUGUUUAAAUAUGGUAAUUUAAUGCAUUUAGAAUUAAAUGAAUUUUGAUAUACUA